CAGAGCUGUAGCUUGCAGUCAUGCCUGGAUGUUACAUAAGGAACUGGGGGCCUCAACUUGGCCUGGGCAAGACCCUGACAUCUCCUCACAAAAAGGCAGACACCUGCAUGAUUAACAUUCCUGUAUACAGAGCUGAACAAGGAUCCAACCCAAAGCUUUAAAGUAAUAAAGGAGACAGAUACAAAAUGAAGAACACUGGGAUGUUAAUUACACUGAGUGAAUUUUUAUGAAGAAGUUUGCUGGAUUGUUUGAAUAAUGUGAUUAACUUGCUGAAUGUGGAAGAGAAUUCUAGGAAUCAGAAGGAAAGAGGAAAGGUCAACCUUGGAAAGAGAAGCACUGAAAAGAAGGUGUUAAGUAAUUCUCCUGUCUCAGUCUUGGAGUAUCUGCGACUACCUCUGCCCAGCUUUGGAGACUUGCUUUGGAGACUUGCUUUGGAUUGCCACAUGUGGAGAGAAGAAAGGCACUACUGGCAUCCAGUAGUACGAGGCCUUGAUGCUGCUCAUCAUCCUGCAGUGCACAGACUCGAGAAUGAACAAUCCGUCAGAAACCAGUAAACCAUCUAUGGAGAAUGCAGAUGGCAACACAGGCACACAAACCAAUGGUCUGGACUUUCAGAAGCAGCCUGUGCCUGUCGGAGGAGCAAUCUCAACGGCCCAGGCCCAGGCUUUCCUUGGACAUCUCCAUCAGGUCCAGCUCGCUGGAACAAGUUUACAGGCUGCUGCUCAGUCUUUAAAUGUACAGGCUAAAUCUAAUGAAGAAUCGGGGGAUUCACAGCAGCCGAGCCAGCCUUCCCAGCAGCCUUCAGUGCAGGCAGCCAUUCCCCAGACCCAGCUUAUGCUGGCUGGAGGACAGAUAACUGGGCUCACGUUGACGCCAGCCCAGCAGCAGUUGCUGCUACAGCAGGCACAGGCACAGGCACAGCUGCUGGCAGCUGCAGUGCAGCAGCACUCCGCCAGCCAGCAGCACAGCGCUGCUGGGGCCACCAUCUCAGCCUCCGCCGCCACACCCAUGACGCAGAUCCCCCUGUCGCAACCCAUCCAGAUCGCACAGGAUCUUCAGCAACUCCAACAGCUUCAACAGCAAAAUCUCAACCUGCAGCAGUUUGUGUUGGUGCAUCCAACCACCAACCUGCAGCCCGCGCAGUUCAUCAUCUCCCAGACGCCCCAGGGCCAGCAGGGUCUCCUGCAAGCGCAAAAUCUUUUAACGCAACUACCUCAGCAAAGCCAAGCCAACCUCCUACAGUCGCAGCCAAGCAUCACCCUCACCUCCCAGCCAGCAACCCCAACACGCACAAUAGCAGCAACCCCAAUUCAGACACUUCCACAGAGCCAGACAACACCAAAGCGAAUUGAUACUCCCAGCUUGGAGGAGCCCAGUGACCUUGAGGAGCUUGAGCAAUUUGCCAAGACCUUCAAACAAAGACGAAUCAAACUUGGAUUCACUCAGGGUGAUGUUGGGCUCGCUAUGGGUAAACUAUAUGGAAACGACUUCAGCCAAACUACCAUCUCUCGCUUUGAAGCCUUGAACCUCAGCUUUAAGAACAUGUGCAAGUUAAAGCCACUUUUAGAGAAGUGGCUAAAUGAUGCAGAGAACCUCUCAUCUGAUUCUUCUGUCUCCAGCCCAAGUGCCCUGAAUUCUCCAGGGCAAGGAGUGGAGGGUUUGAAUCGUAGAAGGAAGAAACGCACCAGCAUAGAGACCAACAUCCGUGCAGCCUUAGAGAAGAGUUUCUUGGAGAAUCAAAAGCCUACCUCAGAAGAGAUCACCUUGAUUGCUGAACAGCUCAAUAUGGAGAAAGAGGUGAUUCGUGUUUGGUUUUGUAACCGACGCCAGAAGGAAAAAAGAAUCAACCCACCAAGCAGUGGUGGGACCAGCAGCUCACCUAUCAAAGCGAUUUUCCCCAGCCCAACCUCACUGGUGGCAACCACGCCAAGCCUUGUGACAAGCAGUACAGCAGCUACCCUCACAGUCAACCCGGUCCUCCCCCUAACCAGUGCUGCGGUGACUAAUCUCUCUGUUACAGGCACUACAGAUACCACGUCCAACAACACAGCCACCGUGAUUUCCACAGCCCCUCCUGCUUCCUCGGCAGUCACAAGCCCCUCUCUGAGCCCUUCCCCUUCCGCCUCUGCCUCUGCCUCUGAGGCAUCCAGUGCCAGUGAGACCAGCACAACCCAGACCACCUCCACUCCUCUGUCCUCCCCUCUUGGGACCAGCCAGGUGAUGGUGACAGCAUCAGGCUUGCAAACAGCAGCAGCUGCCGCUCUCCAAGGAGCCGCACAGUUGCCAGCAAAUGCCAGUCUUGCCGCCAUGGCUGCUGCUGCAGGACUCAGCCCAGGCCUGAUGGCGCCCUCACAGUUUGCGGCUGGAGGUGCCUUACUCAGUCUCAAUCCAGGGACCCUGGGCAGUGCUCUCAGCCCCGCUCUGAUGAGCAACAGUACACUGGCAACUAUUCAAGCUCUUGCUUCUGGUGGCUCUCUUCCAAUAACGUCACUGGAUGCAACUGGGAACCUGGUGUUUGCCAAUGCUGGAGGAGCCCCCAACAUCGUGACUGCCCCUCUGUUCCUGAACCCUCAGAACCUCUCUCUGCUCACCAGCAACCCCGUUAGCUUGGUUUCUGCUGCUGCUGCCUCCACAGGGAACUCAGCACCUGUUGCCAGCCUUCAUGCCACCUCCACCUCCGCAGAGUCCAUGCAGAACUCUCUCUUCACCGUGGCCUCUGCCAGCGGGGCCACAUCCACCACCACCACCGCCUCCAAGGCACAGUGAGCUGGCCACAGAGCCAGCCCCCCGAGCCUUUAUCACUCUGCAGUGGGGUCAGGCUGCCAGCCACUUGGCAAACUGAAAAAAUGUGAUUGGCUUCUUCUCACCGUGUUGUGAGGGCAAGGAGACAAAGGAGAGAAGAAAAAUACACAUACCAGAAAAAACAAAGAGACAGACAGCAUUUGCCUAAUUUUAUAAUAAAACACUGUCUUUUCAGGAUUGCUUCAUGGAUUGGAGAACUUUCUAACCAAAAAUUAAAAAAAAAAAAAAAAAACCAGAAACAAAAAAAUCAAAAACAAAUAAGUGAAAGGACUACUUAUCAUUUCCAGCAGUCAUGAUGACAAGGUGGGUUACCAAUUCCAAUAUAGGAAAGGGAUUUCUUGUUUGUCUAAAUUUCUUUUUUCUUAAAAAAAAAUCAUUUUUAUGGGUCUGUUGUACAGGCCAUUAAGUCAUAACAAGGUGUUUAUAAUCGUAUCAAUUGUGUUGGGGGUUCCUUUCUUAACUGGUACAAUUUAGGCAGGCCUGUAUUACUGUAUCUCUAUUAUUGUUGUUAUUAUUGUUUUUAUAUAGAGAGAGAGUUUGGACAUGUUUAUCUCUCGCUCCUGGAUCCUAUUUCAGUGAGCUCCCACACUGUGGGGAGGGUGGGUUUGGGGGUAAGGGGAGACUUAACGUUCUUAACUGCGGGGAAUGUUCUUGCUGGUUUCCUUAUCCUUGAUGACUCUUACAGAGGUGCUAGAAAAUUAUUUUCUUUUGCCACUUAUGCAAGAGGCUUGGUGCAGAAGCUGAAGGCAGUGUGUGCAAACACUCUCACUCCACACACGCCCCUCCCCCAUCAGGUGGUGCCUUUGGAGCACUUUUGUGUAGGAAGGAAUUCCUGCUGAACUGUAGCUCUCACUCACCCCAAAUCAUGGAAUGGCCCUGAGGCCCAGGUCCUGUAGUGCAACAGUGCUGCUUUCUGCUACUUCGAAUGGGAACAGCUGCACAUGUUGCAGGGCAGGAUUUGGUUCCAAAGAGCAAAGACUACUGCAGACACCUGACUCGGUGGUUCUCCUGAUUUAUUAUCUCCUGAAAAAUGCUCCUACUGUUGAUGUAUUUGUUUGUGUGUUCCAUUUUAUAGAAGUUUUUCAUCCAAACUUUGACUUACUUGGCAAAGAACAAAUUGAUCUAUUGAAAUUGGGAAACAUUUCCCUUUUGUUUUCUAAAGGAAUUCUAGAGUAUUUCCCAUCAGUUAUAUAUCCAGAAGAGGUUGAGAAGAAUCUGAGGUUGCCACCUUUUCUUCUGAAGAGCUUCAGACUCCCGUCCACUGGGUGGCUUAUAACUUACUCAAACCCUAAGAUUCUCCUCUAUUCUCUAACAGAGGCACUUAUUGGCCAGGCUGUAUUGGGGUCUGUAGAUCCUUUGCAGAAAGGCUGAGCAGGAACUUUGCACACACUGUGUCUCCUGGCUUAUCUGAGACGCUCCUGCUAGGUAGGUCUAAUGACAACACAUAUCUCUUUCUUCAGUGUAGAAAGUGAUUAGCUCCUGUCAUUGUUUUCAAGGUGUUUCUAGACUACAUAAAUUAGCCCAUUGAAAAGAAAGAGCUUGUGCAAAUGGAUAAAGAGGAAUGAGGGUAAUUUAGAGAUUAAAUUCUCCAUUUUGCCAGGGUAUUAUAGUAUCUAUACCAAAAAUUUCCCCAAGAGACUGGACCACUGCAGUGCAGUUCAUCUACGUUCCCCUUCGGAGUGGAGUUAAAGGUUCCUAUUUGGUGUCUGAUGCUUGCUUCACUCUCCGGUGGUUCCAAGACUGCACUUUGUCCCCAUUUUGUGCUGGGGGUUGAGAGAGAGCUAACAGGUGACUUUCCUUCUGAUUGUUUUGCUUGUGGCCACAAGGGAGCUGAGAUUUCUUAUUUGUCUCUCUUCGCCACUGUUCAGAAAAGCAGUGAUACAGACACAGAUGUGUACCUUUGUGAUUCAAGUGGGAACAGUCACAUUAAUAUUCAAGAUCAGAAACAUUGCAGUCCCCUUUUAAAUUUUUUAGUUCCUCUUUGUUUUAUUUUUCAAAGUAUUUAAUUACCCCCUCCCCUCCAAAAUUCCUCUUCUUACCCUUUACUUUCCCUCGAAUCCCUCUAAAAUCAGUGAACUGCAAGCAGGGAAACUAACAAAUGUCCAUCCACCUGUUUUUGUGUGGUGUGUGGCUUUUUUUGUGUAUUUUUAUUUUUAAACUAAGCUUGAACCAAAGUCAAAUUUUAGCAAGCUGCUGUACUAAUGGACUAGUUUAUAACGUGCAGUUCAGACACAUUGAGGAGAUAGAUGCUACUGACAAUUUCUUUUUCAUUUGUCUUUAUUAAUUUUAUAUAAAAGUUGCUGCUUGUUUUUAAUCUUUUGUGUUGGUAAAUUGUAAUAUCCUCUGGGCAGACAUUACCUUGAUUUUUAACUAGUUUGUUUAGGUUGUGUGUAAAUAGAAUGGCAGUGUCAGUUACUAAUUUCUCUGCUCUCCAUCAGCUUUUCCUCUUUUGUAGUUAAAUGUAAUCUUUUAUCAUGACUUGACAUCUCUCACUUUAAUCUGUGCGGAUGAUUUUAGAGCUAUGGAUAAUGCUGUAGCUGCCUGUAGUAAAGAGUCCUCCAAUGGGAGUAUGGAAGUUAAGAGGAGGGAUUCAGGGAGGGAAAUGCUGAUACCCACCAUAUUGGAUUAGAGGUUAUAGCACUAAUUUCCCCAAAUUGCUACCAAAGGAAGUGCGAAGUCCCAAGGGACUCUAGCCCAGUGAGUUAAGAGGAAAGACAAAGGCAGUUUUGUUCUUGUUUUCUAUGAUUUAAUGAUCACCCUCCUAAAUAACACUCACCAACAGAUUUUAAUAUUAAAGAAGAUAUUAAGCUUUAAACAUCAGCACGGUACUCUUUCAGUCCCUACCCUGUCUUAUCUAGUCUCUAAUCCCCUCUUAAGGGGACUCUGCCUUUUAUGUGGAUCACUUGAUGAGGGUAGAUCUUAAACCAGAAUAAAAAUCUGUGUUGAAAAGAACAAUUAGAUCUUUAAACAAAGAUAACUUUAAAUUUUUUUCUUUUCUUUUACAUAUUUAAAAAUAAGUUAUGAAGUAGAAGGUACUUUUUCACACAUGUACACAUGAAACACUAACGUAGCUUGCUGGUGGGUGUUUAGUUUCUCAUCAGCUCCCCACCACUCGUCGUAGAUACUCUGAUAAUCAUACUUGCUUCAUGAACGCCUUAGUCGUUUUUUUAUUUUAUAUCAUCUUGAGAAAUACUUUUUGAACUGAAUGAACUAUCUCCUAAGCUAAGGUACUCAGACCUAACUUUCAGCUACCUUUUAGAAGGCCGUCUGGAAACUCAAGGGGUCACUUGACCAAAAAGAGUUGUUCCGUAGAGCUCCUGCAUUUGGAAGAAAGGCCAAAUAGGUUGUUACAGUUCCUUGUUAUCAUUCUUCUCUUCUUCCUCCUAGUGUUUAUGCAAGUUUUAUUUCCUCCCUGAAUUUGGUUAACACAUAUUAAGCCAAAGACUAAUUUUCAAUGCAGUUAUAGUAAUACUCUAUUUGCCCAUGACAAUGGGCCCUCCUGAGGGAGUAGUGAAUGUACUUGUAAACCCUGCUUGUCAUAAGCAAUGCAGUUUGGUCAUGAACUUUAUUUAGACCCUUAUAAAUCUGAAGGACAGAACAGAAAAACAUAAAAAAGGGCUUCUCACAGAAACAACAUUAUUCUAAGAGAUGAGUUUAAAGGAAAUAAAUUGAAAUAAGCUGUAUUAGUUGAAAUGUUUCUGAGGUUCAGUAGGCAGCUUUUUAGAAUUAAAGAAUUAUUUAUAUCCAUUAAGUGAUAUAUACUCCCUUUUAUUUAUUGUGAGAAAGGUCAGUACCAUCCCAUUUUAUUCAGCUUGUUACUCAAGAAUGGAACCAAAGGAAUUCAAUUUUUGUUUUGCAUAGAACCACACCUAUUUAUUCUUCAUGGUAACAUUAGAAAUUAAUAUUUUCAAAAGAGAAAAUACCCAUUAAAAGAUUUUUAGUGAGCUCAUCUUGCCAGUUUGUUCUGCAUCAUUCAUUUGUUCUUGAUGGGGGAAAGCACAAUUAUACCUCUUUUUAAUGUUACUUUGUCUUAGCCUUCGUGUGUUUGGGGAGAUAGGGAAAAUAUCCUAUAUAACCUGAAAGCACAGAUACUUGCUUGACACAAUAUGUAAAUUCAACCCAAUCUUUAUUGUAAAAUUAUAUUUAACUUACUGGAAAAGCUAAAUGCGCCUGCAAAUAUAAGGAAAUUGUGUCCAUUUUUAAAAUUAGGAAUCUUGCAGAAAACAUUGUAGUUAGUGUACAAUGAACAUUUGGCUUACAGAGAAACUGUAGUUUAUAGUCUGCAGUUGCUCCCAAGACGUGUCAUCCUCACAGAUGUCAGAUCGUUCAUGGGGCAAGGGAGACAGAGGAGAAGCUUCUUGUUCCCCCCAGGAAAGAGGAGCUGCUGGGUAUGGCAUGGAGGCUUAGAGGCCACUCUGCAGUCAUAACCGCCACAGUCCCUCGGGAGGGUUUGUCAGAUACUUUCUCCUUAUGUCAGCAUUUCAACUUGAGGAAUUUAAAGUUUCUUUAUUCUUCAAACUCUGUUAGUACCAAAAAUGUUGCAAGACUGCCAAUACUAAUAAGCGAAACAGACUGAAGACCUGAAAUUUAAAAUCAGCCAAGCGGGCAGAAAUUGAUAGGUGACUUUGUUCAUAACCAUCAAGAGUUCACUUGUGUGUGUGUGCGUGUGUGUAAAGCAUUUAGUGUGUAACACUGCUCAUAUAAUCACAGUCCUAGCUGUUCUGAAGUCAUUUGCAGUCCCUGACAUUUUGAGGAUGACACUCUAUAAAAUAGUAAAUCUUUCUUCAUAUUUAUCUUCAGUUUUGAGAAGGAAAAAAAUCUGUGCUGUCCUCUAAGAAGAAUAAGAUCAGGUUUGCAUGGGGAGCACCUACAAUACGGAGACUUGGAGAAAAAUAGGAUAAAUUGCUUUCAUCAUUAAAAGUCUGUACGAAUCCUAUUAUCCUUUUCUUAGUGCAAAGAGAUGAAAUGGGACACCAUGAAAUUUCCAGUAAGGCGUGAAAGGAUCCUACCAGGAGGGCAGGGAAUAUAUUUCUCAGCAGUUGUCCACUUCGCACCCAGUUUUCUGGAUGGUCUAUGAGCUGUAGCUGUCUUCUAACCAUCCUUUUUCAUGAAUUGUUUCCUUAAGUUGGUUCUUCUACCCUUGGCCUUUGCUAAAAGCAGUAAAUCCAAGUGACUCUUGUGUUGAUUCUGUAAUCUGUAUCUCCCUUCCUCUUUUCCGUCCUGUCGUUUUCUCUUUGAAUGGUGGUAUCUUAAUCUGUGAGGAUAAUAUUCGUGGACAACAGCUAGCUUCUGGCACCUUCAUAAAAUACCUCAGCAUAGCUUAGCAUUGUUGCAGAACUGGUUUUAAACUAAAAACCAAAUAAAUAAAUCAAAAACUUUAUAAAUAGUAGAAAUAAUUCUAGCUGUAGUAUUUAGUUAAACUAACAUUUAUUAUGAUUGAUAAACCUGAUUGAUGCUGUAUGUAUUCGGGAUCCUGUUUAUAGGUUACAGUUUAUAGGGUUAGAGAGGGUGGUCAGGGUAGGGGAGAAAGAAGGUGAUUAUGUUAGAAGGAAAAUGUUGCUCGUGUGUGUUUUUCUUUAUACCUGUCUUGCCAAAGGAAACUUGAUAUUCCCCUGUGAUUGAGUUUAGGAUUUAUUGGCUUCUUUAUGGUCUGAUCUCCAGCACAGUGUAUGGUGGCAUGCAGGUGACGUGUAGGGCAUCCAAUAGGUUCAGGGUCCCCAGGGGCACAUUUAUAACCCUUCCUAUGGCUGCCCAUGCUCCCCGUACCUGCAACCUCUCCUAAUGAUUCAUUACCUCUGUAUAUAGCAAAAGCUUAGGUAAAGGAUGAGUGUGUAAAUAUCUGGGUGUGCUGAUGAAAAGUAGAGACAGAAAUAGACAUGCACCAACUCAUUUGGAGAGAAAUGGAGAGGUAACUGUUGUAUCUUAAUCUAGGAAAAUUCAAGUGAAAACCAGUUCUUCUAGUCACCCUCUGUUAUUGAAUGUUGUGCUAGUAGCCUGUCAUUUAAAACCUUACUUCUUUUUUUAUACCAAGACUUGUUCUGCCUAAACCAAAAACACAAAUAGAAGUAAAACCAAAUCAAGCAUUUGAAAGCUAACCUGCUCACUUCACACCUGCAGUAAGCUGUGCCUCUGAGGACUGGCUGGUUGUUCUAGGUGCAGUGUGAAUGAGAAGUGAUGCUGGUUUAGGAAGAAGUAAGUGUCCUCUCUGCCCACACUCUGGAACAGAUUUUCUUGGCUCCCAGAGUUCCGAUAUAGACUACAUCUCCAGAGAGGCUUUUUUUUUUUUUUCUUUUAAUGAAUGAUCCAUCGCGUACAACCUAAACGGGGUUUGGUUCGGAUGCCAAAGACACUGCUAUGUCAUUUUUUAUCCUUACGUUUUCAAAACAGGUAGAGGGAAUAGGAGCAGAAGGCAGAAAUUUGGUAAAGCUUUACCUUGUUUCUUUUCUUUACCUUUCCUUUUGCUCCAUCCCUACUUUUUGAAAGAAAUCUUGUUGGUUAUCUGGCUUUGGCAAAGAGAUUUAUUUUGUUUCACUCUGCUGGCUCUGUAAAGAUGGGUAGAAUUGUUCAGUGUAGCAGUGAUAUUCUUGGAAUUGAGAAAUUUUAGGAGUGCAAAAGAUGGGGGUAGAAUUAUUUUAUUUCUUUUUAUCUAAUACAGUACUUAUAAAUAGAACCAAUACAGCCUCCUUGAGUUCAGACAAUAUUCUAGAUGUGCUAUCUCUGUUCUGUCUCUUGAAGAAGCAUUUUCAAGAGCAAGAUUGCAUGGAAAACCAAAAGAUUUUCCCUUAUUCUCCCAUAGAACUGUUUUAUUCCAAAAUGUUUUUAUAUUACAUACUCUCAGAAAUUGACUAGUUCACUGUCUUGAUGUAAGACUGAUAAGACAGAGAGGGAGAGAGGGGAAAUAAUAUAUUUUUCUCUGAAUAGUCAAUCAAAAAUGAUUAGGUUGCAGAACUCCAUGAAAGCUUUCAUAAUUUUAUCCUUCUGACAUUCUGUAUAAGUAGUACUAAUGUUGUGUGACUCUUCAAAGCAUUAGGCAGGUUUGUAAGUAGGCGAUAGGGAUGGGGAAGAGAAGAGCACUUGAAACAGAGGCCAUGGGAAAACCAGGUGUGUGUAAUGAACAAGAAUUUGAGCCUGGAAGUGAAGCUUCCAGGGGCUGGGGAGAGAAGAUGUGGAUUAUGAUUCUUUCUGUGUCCCUGAGUCUGCCUACAAUGCCACCUUCUGGUUCAAACCCAGGACACUGUCAGACUAACUUACUAUAAAAACAAUAUUGAGGUCUGCUGCAAAGUUUUCCCAUGUUUUCUUUGUUUACUUAUUCAUCAUGGUUUAAGUUGGCCACAACCUCGUAAAAGCAGCUUAAGGCUUCUUUCACCAAUUGGCAGCGGCAUUGAACUCUCCAGAGUUAUAUCCCAGUCUGCAGGCAGACAGCUGAUUACAGUGCUGUUCCCAAAAAAUGAGGCAUCUGACCACUUAGUUCCGUAAGCACGAAGUUUCAUUCAAAAGUUUUCUUUUGAAUGAAAAUGGACAGAGCUAACUCCCAUCCAGCCCUGACAGUGUCUCAAGGUGUGAAAAAGAGGAGGAAAUGAAAUGCACUUUCAGAAGCUGAGAUGACAGCGUCUGUUAGGAACACCUGGGUCACAGGGAGCUGGGGAGAGCUGUUUUUGGUUCCAUUCCUGCGUGAUGUGCAGAAGUUUGUACCUCCUAAGUGGAGUGUCUCAUUCCAGCCUGGUUGGAGGAAUGAAAAGGAGAAAUCUUGACCCUUUGCAACCAUAUUCUAAUACUGACUUUUACAACAGAAAAAAACUGGUCUCCUCUGAGAUCUGAUAAGAAAAACAGACUUGACGCAGCUUACCUCUGCUUGUAUGGGCAGUGUGCAUUACCCAGUCCACAGGAGGCCUUGCUGCAGGGAGAACUCCUUCCCCUCCUCUGUGGUAGCAGCGAGGGCUAGGUGAGUAAGCGUGGGUUGUCCUGCCCACCGCAAAGUCCAGGAGCUGUUGUAUACCUCAUUUCUAACUUGUGACUGAGUCACUUGCUUUAACUUCCUCUCAGCCCUACAGAGUUGCCAAGUCUGCCCUCCCUCCUCUCUGUAAUAUUAAACUCUGGCCUAUAGCAUCAUGAGACCUGUAGCCAAGGGUGGGACCUCCUAACGCCUCUGAAUGUCUCUGCUUGAAAGCUACUCCAAACCCGAGGGCAAAUUGCAAUCUUCUGUUCCUUUCUGUUGCAAAGGGGUCUUCACAGGUCUCCUCACAUCCACUGGCCGCCAUGCUGCCUUCCAGGGCUGCCCCUGCCCCCCGCCCCCGUGUCUGACGCUGGCCACGGGUCAGGGCUCUGUCCUUUUCCCUGUGGGUGGAGGCCACAGGCUUCUGUGUAUUUGCAGAAUUCGGGGUAGAAGGGAAGACACCAAAGGUUCCUUUAAGCUGACUGCUGCAUAUACAUUUCACUUUUUUCCUUUGGCAUGACCAAAAAGAAAAAAAAAUCCAAAUAUUUAAGUUUAUUAUUAUUAUUAAUAUUAAUAUUAUUUGACAAUCUUAUAUCCAACGGGCUCCCUAGAAGCUGCAUCCCUGCCCUUUGACCUUUUCUUUGAAUGUAGUUCUCAACCUUCAACUCCCACCCUUAAAGUUGAAAAGAAGCUUAGCCAGGUCAUAAUACUGCUGCUAUAAGCCAGGGGAGGGUGGUUUCUUUGUUUUGUUUUGUUUUUUAAAUUUCCAGCCAAAACCAAAGAUUUCUUAAUGAUUGUAUAAACUCAAAACAAACAAAAAAACCAAAGAAAAGGGAUGUCUUCAGCAUCAAUCCAGUCUGUGGCGUCCUGGCACUUAGAAGAGUGAGGGCGGGGACGGGUAGGGGCCCCUGGCGGCCGAAAGGGGCAGGCGAGCUGCUUUCUGGGGACUGGGAUUUGGCACUGGUGCGUGCACCCGGUCCUUGCAGCUUGUGGCCACACCAUGAAACCCAUUGGCAUUUCAGACUUCUCAAAACAAAAGCCAAAACCCCAUCACCACCGUAAACAACCAGGGUCACCACGGGGACUUAGCGCAGGGACCAGGGAGCCAGAGCUGCUGUUGGACUGGCCCAGGACGCCACAGAGUGGGGCGUUGAAGACACGGCACAGGACUGGCUGCUCUGCUGGGUGCUUUCACCUCGGGCUGGGCGGACAAGUGGAGGGGCCCUUCUGAGCCUUUUUCUCUUUUCCUUUGCUGGAACUGCUUGGAAGUGGCUGUCCUGUUUGUGAGAAAACAUGCAGAAUGAUUAUCAAGCUUUUCAUUUCUCUUUAUUGUAGUUUUGUUUCCUUUUUGCAGCACCACUGUGCAACUAUGCAUUGUAUCUCACAACCUUUUGUGCUAGGUAGAUGCCUGUGACUUUUUAACUUGGGGGGUGGGGGGAUUGCAAAUGAAGGAACUUUUUACACAGAUCUUUUUAAUCUCAGUUGAUUGGGGGAGGGGGGUAUUUGGUUCUAGGGUCAUACAAGCUCUAUCCCAAAGCAAAAUCCAAAUGUUAAUAAUAUUAGCCUGAUGCAGAUACCAAAGAUAAUUUCUUUCCUGCAGAACCUUAGACUUGUGUAUUAAGUACGAUUACCCAGCACUUGCAUUAGUCUAACCUCAGUAAUUCCAAAGCUUAGAUGUAUAUUUUGGUAUAUUUCUGGGAUAUUAAAAAAAAAUGUCGUUUAACUUCUUGUUUGUUUCAGUGUAAUGCUCUUAAAGUCAUAGCAUGAAAAUAAUUGAGCUGUCCUAUUCUUAGUAGUUUGAAAUAAUAGUAUUUUUGUAUGUUUUGGGUGUGUCUAUGUAUGUAUUAACAUAACAGUUUUCACUGCCUAGGUGUUCAUAAUAAAAAAGAAAAUGAAAAAGUUCUGAGUGUACAUAAUAUUGAGUAAUAAUCCUCUACCGGGUGUCAAUUGGAUUGCAUAGUCACUGAUUACUGUGCCCAACUGGGGGUUUUGUUUUGUUUUGUUUUAAAGAGACAGUGAUCGUGUUUUUCUAAAGAUGUUUCCUGUCUUUAAAUAUCUUAACUCCCUUGCCUUUUCUUUCCUUUUUUUUUUCUUUUAAUAUCGAUUCAGGGGUGUUUUUCCACUGUUAUCAAGGGAGGGGCACAAGGGGACUUAGCCCCUUGGCCUCCCAAAACUUUUUGUUUUAUGUACUUUAAAAUGUGAGUUUUAUGAGUUCUUCUUUGUGGAAACUUAAGAUGUGGUGUAAAUGAUUCUUUCCAAAAUUGUCCAGCAGCUUUAAUGGGAGGCAGUGACAAUUUCUCAGUAGUUUGUUGGGAGUCCUUUUACAUUUCUCCUAGAUGACUGCAAUCUGGGUGGCUAUUGUGUAGCCUCACUGACCCGGAGCACCUGCUUAGCCAUUUCCCCUGCUGGUCGGUCCGCUGAAAACUGGGAACGCUGGACCUUGUUAUCUAUCCCCUUUGUUAACACGUUUUCUUGGUUUUGCAAACCUGAAACACAGGCGACUUUACAAGUUGGGGAAUUAGCUGAUGCCUCCUGAGGCCUGAGGAGGUGGUGGGGACUAUGAGCGGUGCUGUCUCUUUUAAAGUGCCCUUUAUAUGAUUCCCCCUCCUGGGGCUGCCUGCAGGGGGCUGUAGGCUGGGAGAGACUGUAGGUGCCAGUGAAUCUGAAUGAAUUGGUAGACUUUGUGUAGAUGCAUUUGUCUGCUGUAAUUUUUUAUAUAUAUAUUAAACUUACUGUAACUGUACAGUUCAUUUCUGUUGUAAAACAUCAUUAAACCAUUUUCCAAGUGUUUUCA